GCAAAGGCCCGACCAGCCGUUCUGGGCUCCGGUUCCCACUUCUUCGGCCGGCCUGCUAUUUAAUGGCUGUGAUGACACCUCCUUUCUCCUCUCGGAGCCCAGCCCAGGCUAGUGAGAGAGAAUGAUGAGGGAGCAGGGGCUGGUGGGACCCAGGCCUUGAGCUGCCCAGGUCCACAGAUGCCAUCCCGGGCCUGGAGGAGGUGCGGCUGGCCCCAUCCAUGCGGAACCGGAGUGGCGCCGUGUGGAGCAGGACCCCUGUCCUCUUCUCUGCCUGGGAGGUGGAUAUGCAGAUGAGGGUGACCGGGCCAGGGCGCCGGGGAGCCCAGGGCAUGGCUGUGUGGUAUACCCAGGGCAGGGGCCAAGUAGGCUCUGUCCUGGGGGCGUUGGCCUCGGGGGACGGCAUCGGGAUCCUCUUCGACUCCUUGGCCGAGGAUGUCCAGAAUAGCCCCGCCAUCCGUGUGCUGGCCGGUGAUGGGCACACCCUCUAUGAGCCACUUGGGGAUGGAGGCAGCCGGGUGCUGGGUUCCUGCCACCGGGACUUCCGGAACCGGCCAUACCCCUUCAGAGCACGAAUCACCUACUGGGGGCAGAGGCUGCGUGUGUCCUUCAACAGCGGCCUCACUCCCAGCGACCCGGAUGAGGUCUGUGUCGACGUGGGGCCCCUGCUUUUGGCCCCUGGAGGUUUCUUUGGGGUCUCGGCAGCCACUAGCACCCUGGCAGAUGACCAUGAUGUCCUGUCCUUCCUGACCUUCAGUCUGAGUGAGCCAGGUCCAGAGCCUCCCCUGCAGCCUUUCCUGGAGGCGGAGCAUCUCCGCCUGGCAAGGCAGCUGAAAGGACUGCAGGCAAGGCUGGCCCUGGGCACCAAGGAGGACAUGAUUCCAAAGCUGAACUCUGAAGUCCAGGAAGAGGGGGAAAGGAUCUUUGACCUGGAGGAGACACUGGACAGACACAGACAGAUCCUGCAGGCUCUCCAGGGUCUCUCCAAGCAACUGGCCCAGGCUAAGAAGCAAUGGAAGAAGCAACUGGGGUCCCCAGGCCAGGCCAGGCUUGAGGGAGCCUGGGACUCAGCCAAGGUCAGUGCCCUACUCCAUGGACAGCGGACUCUGCUCCAGGACCUGCAAGAGAUGAGGCAUGCAGCUGCUCACAUGGCCUCAAGAGCCCAAGUCUUCUACCUGCCUGUGGGCACCAAGCAUCACUUCUUAGAGCUGGCCCAGACCCUGAGCCUCCUGCAGAAGGACCUUCGGGCCCCGGCUGUGAGGGGGAAGGAAGGGAAACCAGCAGCCAAGGAUACCUACCUACAUGGCCGGCCCCCAGGGGUCUCCUCGUGCCUGCAGCCUGGCUUCUUCCUGUUCAUCCUCCUCAUCCAGACUGUAGGCUUCUUCUGCUAUGUACACUUCAGAGGCAACUGACUACCUGCUCAGCCACUGGUCCCAUCUGGGUCUUAUCCUCACAGAACUCACUCUCUAAUGUGAGAAACUGACAAGUAACUGAGUCACAUCUUUGUGGUCAGUGCCAUGAUGGCAGGAAACACAGGAGAUAUGAGUGCAGGAAAAAGCACCUGAUCCAGCUUGGGGAGAUCAGGGCAUCACCUGGACUGGACAUUUGAUAUGUGUCAUCAAUGCAACUAGGAGUUUUCUAGCCUGACCAGAUAAGGAAAGGCAUCAAUACAGAGGGAACAGCAUAAGAAAAGGCGUGGAAGCAUGGGGAAAAAAAUAUUUUGGAGAAAAAGUGGCAAGUUUAGUACUAUUAGAGAAAAGGGUGGGACUUUAUGAAGCUGGGCAAAGAGAAUUUAAAAGGUUGGGGGGGAGUCACUGUUUUUGCUUGAUGAAUGUUUGUAAAUAAAUAAAACAUUUAGAGACGUAA